AUGUACGGAGAACUGACAGACCCAGACUUGGGACAAGAUACAAUCAUAGAGAAUGCUGGUCACGCCAGAAUGCAUUGCUCACUGCUUGGAGGACCAGUACCCUCUAUUCGCUUCCUUUCUACUGCAAGUCGUGCCCGCCCACAACGCACCCAAUCUCACCCAGUAGGCAUCUCUCAGCUUCUACUCGAUCUAACUCACGCGCAGUUCAAUAACCGUAAGGACGGGAGCAUUCAUUACUCUGAGAUUCGGACUUCCGAGCGUAACGUCUCCUUUAACAGUAAUACUACUCAAGGGGGUCCGAUUGGUUACUGUCCCUUAAGAAAGAGUACCGAUCUAGUCGCAAUCUCAUUCCAUGGAUCCAUUGUGGAUAGGACGCUUGAGAACAUCAAGAAACGAUUCUGGAACUUCCCUGGCCCGGUAUUUACCGAACACUUCAAUGACUAUCAGGAUCGAUGUAUACUCGCUAUAUAA